CAUGGCCUAAUAAUACUAAGCGAUUAAAGCAGUUUAUGAAAAUUUGAAAUCAUCACGAUAGCGAGAAACGUUAAAGAAAAUCGACUUAAAGGUUAUGUCCUAUCCGUAAAUCGGUUUACCGAAAUAUAUAUACGAUAUAGUCAAAAGAUCAAAGAUAACAGAAGACAAGAAAGCACAACACUAUAACAAAAACAAAGUCAACAAGAACGUAGAUCCGUUGAAAAUUGUAGAAAAAUUAAAUGAUUCGUACGAUGAUAAAAAUGGGCUGGGCCGCGGAUACAAAAUUGACAAGUAUCAUCCAAGUGUUGUGACCUCGACAGCGUCUUUGUGUAUUCCCGACAUGGAAAACCAAGUGUAAUUAUGCGGAAAUGCGAGUAGUAGCAGUGGCAGGAUAGAGCCCCGGGUUGCUCGAUGUGACUAGCCGUAACCGUGAACAGGCUAGUUUGGAGGUUAUGUCGUAGCGAGGUCACCUAAAUCGGAUUAAUUUUACGCAAUACUGCCGAUGCAACGUAAUUGCCACGAGCGUCGAGGGUCUCGAGUCUGCGUUCCUCGAGUCGUCGGCCACGAGAUGAACACCACGGGCGUAGGGAGCCUCGUGAGAUACGCGAAAAUCGGGCUUUUACCUCGGGUUUGCACAGCGUUCGGGCAGCAGCGGACGGACGGGUUUCGUCGCACGGCGCCACGGGCAAACAACUUCUACGGCGCCUUUACGGCUCUCACCUUUCGCGGCGACCACGGCGACGACGACACUUCUUCGCGUCUAUCCCGUGCUCCAACAAUACGGCAGAUGAUCAUGGAUCUAGAGAAUUGCAAUUCUCACGACGAUCAGUGCAAUUCUUAUCCCAGCACACCGCAACACGAGGGCGAUCAGAGUUAUCACAAGAAAUGGUACCGACAGGCCAGCCAAAGAAUAUUCGUGAAUAGAAGUCUUCAUUUGGAAAAUAUCAAAUUCUAUGGAUUCGACAUGGAUUACACAUUGGCGGAAUAUAAAUCCCCGCAGUACGAACAGUUGGGGUUUAAUCUCCUGAAGGAUAGACUGGUCUCUCUGGGUUAUCCUCAGGAAAUCAAGGCAUUCGAAUAUGAUCCCAGUUUCCCAGUAAGAGGACUCUGGUUCGAUACUCUCUAUGGAAAUUUACUGAAAGUCGAUGCGUAUGGAAAUAUUCUAGUCUGCGUGCACGGAUUUGAAUUUCUCAAACACUCCCAGGUGUACGAGCUCUACCCAAAUAAAUUUCUCCAAUUGGACGAAUCGCGUGUUUACGUCUUGAACACGCUUUUCAAUCUACCGGAGACUUAUUUGCUGGCGUGUCUGAUCGACUUCUUCACGAACUCGCCGCAAUAUACCCGGGAAAAAACUGGCGUGAAGGAGGGCGACCUGACUAUGAGCUUCAAGAGCAUAUUCCAGGACGUUAGGAGCGCCGUGGACUGGAUUCAUCUGCAGGGUGAUCUAAAGAGCAAGACUAUUGAAAAUUUAGAUGAGUACGUGAAGAAGGAUGAGAGGCUACCGAUGUUUCUCACCAGGAUAAGAGAAAGCGGUGCCAAGGUCUUUCUUUUGACUAACAGCGAUUACAUGUUCACUGACAAGAUCAUGACGUAUCUCUUUGAUUUUCCCCAUGGCGCCAGGCCUGAGGAACCACACAGAAAUUGGAAGACUUAUUUUGAUACGAUUGUCGUCGACGCCAGGAAGCCACUGUUCUUUGGCGAAGGCACCAUUUUACGUCAGGUAAACACCAGCACGGGAGCUCUCAAACUUGGAACACAUAAAGGUCCACUUCACACGGGUGAAGUGUAUUCGGGCGGUUCCUGUGACGUCUUUACCGAGAUGAUUGGCGCCAAAGGAAAGGACGUAUUGUACGUUGGCGAUCACAUAUUUGGUGAUAUAUUGAAAAGUAAGAAAAUUAGAGGCUGGAGGACUUUCCUCAUUGUUCCUGAAUUGGUUCAGGAGCUUCAUGUCUGGACCGACAAGUGUCAGCUGUUUGCCGAGCUCCAAAGUCUAGACGUCAUGCUAGGAGAAAUGUACAAAAAUUUAGACAGUAGCACCAAGGAGAAGCCUGACAUUUCCAAACUCCGGGCGUCCAUACGGGACGUGACGCACAAAAUGGACCUCGCAUACGGAAUGAUGGGUUCUCUGUUUCGUAGUGGAAGUAGACAAACCUUCUUUAGUAGCCAAGUAGUUAGGUACGCCGAUCUCUACGCGGCGACUUUCCUCAACCUCAUUUAUUAUCCAUUCUCGUACAUGUUCAGAGCACCCGCCAUGCUGAUGCCACACGAGAGUACGGUAGCUCACGAGCAGAGGUUUGUCAUGGAGACUCCAAUGAUCAGUCGCUCUAGGACGUUCAAGCUUGCAGACGACGAGGAAGAGCAGAACAGCAGACCGGUGGCUAACUUUUAUCUCCAGCAGAGAGCUCUGGAAGUGGAGCACGCCAAUAAUCAAAUUCCUCACGCGAGACCAGAAACUCCACGAAAUGUUACGCACACGCACGACGAAGACUGCAGCGACGAGGAUAGCGACUCCCAGAAACACGGAAAUCACCUGAAAACGUGCACGCGAAAAAACAAUUGCAAUUGAACGCUAGUUUCCCAUCACCGUAUGAAAUAGAUAUUCGAGCGUUUCGCGUACAGCUGUAUGUUUUUGAAUCUGAUCGCUGAUUUAUUCUUUAUUUGAACGAUCGGCGUGUAAUUUAGAAAGCCUCCAUUCCCCUAUAUUAUUUAUGUGUUGCUACUCCGGUUGUCUGUAGACCCCUUGAUUUUUCAGGGGAUCGAACAGAUAACAUUUUUCUCCCCUCUCAGUAGAAGAAAAUGCGGCUAUGAUUGCUACAGCAAUGGUAGCUUCGACGGCGGCGGCGACGACGACGAUGAUGAUGAUGAUGAUGAUGAUGAUGACGACGGCGAUAAUAAUAAUAAUACUGUCGAUGAAAAUAUUCCGCAGGUAAUGAAAAACCUGGUUUGAGAUACAUAGAUAUCUAUAUGAAUAUUGUUCGUAGAAGAAUGAACAUUACAACGAGCAGCAAUAUACAUAUAUUACACUUCCAUGCCAUAAGAUUUUGUCCACUGCGUCGCGUCCAAUCGGACAAUACGAAAAAUAUUACUGAUAGAUGUAUAUAUAAUUAGAUAUAUCGUUCUUGAAAAAUUGUUUGUUCAUGUACAUAUUAAAGAAAAAGGUAUUAAUAGGUACUUUGUACACGUAAACAAGAUCGUUAAAUUCUCAUGAGCUUAUAAUUAAUAGUCGUAAAUUUAGAAAUGAUCGGUCUACUGAAACAUAUUACUGCAAGCAGUACGUUUUAAUGUAAUAUUGUUGACAAUGAGGAUUUGUUCUUUGCGAAUAAUCUUGAUGAAACUUACCUCAUACCUGACAGCUCGUUUAACUAUCUAUUGCUGCACUCAACGAAUUUGCUAUUUGAUAUUGAAUAUUUCAUCGGUAUAAAUACAUUGUAUACAUAUAUAUUAUGUUCGAAAUUUAUCGUUUUUCUUCGCACAAUUCUCAAUGAACUGCUGAAUAUUUGACUUGUUAAUUCGCCAUUUAUCUAGACUUCGCUUAUCGCUCAGUUAAAUUUUGAAAAUAGACAAAUCUAAUGAUCAAUACAUAAAGUGAGAUUACGCGUUAGGCUAGUCCUUUUUAUACCAGAUUCGUGUUGUCAUAAAUUUCGACAGGCAAUGUUAUCAUGAGCCGAAAGAAAAUGCAAGCUAAACAUUAACUUAGAAACUUAGGAUUUCGAUGAGAUAUUAAAGCUAAAUUUACGUAAUUUCUUUAUCUGGCUGUUACCUGGCAAAAUGUUAAAAAGAAAAAUAAAUGAACCGAUUUGAAAAAAUUAACUAUAUUGAAUGUGUAGCGCGAGUAACAUGCAAAACGGAAUAAAAUUGGAAGACAUUAUUCUGCGUUUUUUGUAUAAAAUUUUAAAUAUCGAUUGUAUAGAAUUUGGUUUUAUUUUGAAUAAAUUAAUAUAUUGUAAUGUA